CGUCAAGACGCCACGGUCCGGGCGUCGAAGCCCAAGGAAGGCAAGAGCCAGCCGGGUGGGGAGCAGUCCUGCGGCUGUGCUGCUAUCAUUUGAAGCCGCCGCUGAUGAGUCCCGGGGGCUUACGGACGAGGCAGUGAAAAAGCAGUCUGGCUCCCGAGGUCCACCCCGUACACCCCAGGGUCCAGAUGGCGGCCAACGUGGGUGAUCAGCGUAGCACGGAUUGGUCCUCUCAGUACAGCAUGGUGGCCGGGGCAGGCAGAGAGAGUGGCAUGGAGACCCCCAUGCACGAGAACCCCGAGUGGGAGAAGGCCCGCCAGGCCCUGGCCAGCAUCAGCAAAGCGGGAGCUGCCGGCAGCUCUGCCAAGGCCAGCAGCAGCGGGCCCGUGUCCAGUGCACAGUAUGUGUCACAGGCAGAAGCCUCAGCUCUGCAGCAGCAGCAGUACUACCAGUGGUACCAGCAGUACAACUACGCCUAUCCGUACAGCUACUAUUACCCUGUGAGCAUGUACCAGAGCUAUGGCUCCCCCUCCCAGUACGGGAUGGCCAGCUCCUACGGCUCAGCCGCGCCGCAGCAGCCGUCCGCACCGCAGCACCAGGGGACUCUGAGCCAGCCCCCGGUCCCGGGCAUGGACGAAGGCCUGUCCUACCAGGCGCCCCCUCAGCAGCUGCCAGCGGCCCAGCCCCCUCAGCCCUCCAACCCCCCGCGCGGGGCUCACCCUCUGAGCAGCGGCCCGCAGCCCGGGACGGCCCCUGCCGCGCAGCACGGCCAGGCAGGGUCCGCCUCGGGCCAGGCCUACGGGCAGCACGGCUACAGCGAGCCCGCCAAGCCCAAGAAGGGCCAGCAGCUGUGGAACCGCAUGAAGCCGGCCCCUGGGACUGGUGGGCUCAAGUUCAACAUUCAGAAACGGCCUUUCGCUGUCACAAGCCAGAGCUUCGGCUCCACCACGGAGGGCCAGCACGGCAGCUUCGGCCCCCAGCCCAACCCCGAGAAGGCCCAGAACCACAGGGGGAGCUUGUCCGGGAAGCCCGACGACUGGCCGCAGGACAUGAAGGAGUACGUGGAGCGCUGCUUCACCGCCUGCGAGUCGGAGGAGGACAAGGACCGCACGGAGAAGCUGCUCAAGGAGGUGCUGCAGGCGAGGCUCCAGGACGGCUCGGCCUACACCAUCGACUGGAGCCGGGAGCCCCUGCCGGGGCUGACUCGGGAGCCUGUGGCUGAGAGCCCCAAGAAGAAGCGGUGGGAGGCCCCUAGCAGCCUCCACCCUCCCCGGGGGGCAGGCUCAGCGACCAGGGGCGGGGGUGCCCAGUCCCAGCGAGGGACGCCCGGGGCUGGGGGUGCUGGCCGAGCCCGGGGCAGCAGCUUCGCCAAGUUCGGCAACCGCAAUGUCUUCAUGAAGGACCGCAGCUCCUCCUCCAGCACGGACUCACGCUCCCGCUCCUCCUCCCGCUCCCCGACCCGCCACUUCCGCCGCAGUGACUCGCACUCGGACUCCGACAGUUCCUACUCAGGGAAUGAGUGUCACCCUGUGGGCCGCAGGAACCCGCCCCCCAAGGGCCGGGGAGGCCGGGGGGCCCACAUGGACCGGGGCCGAGGCAGGGCGCAGCGUGGGAAGAGGCACGACCUGGCCCCCACCAAGCGCAGCCGCAAGAAGAUGGCGGCCCUGGAGUGUGAGGAUCCCGAGCGCGAGCUGAAGAAGCAGAAGCGGGCGGCGCGCUUCCAGCACGGACAUUCCCGCCGCCUGCGCCUGGAGCCCCUGGUGCUGCAGAUGGGCAGCCUGGAGAGCGGUGGGGCCGACCCCGACUGGCACGAGCUGCAGAUCGUGGGCACCUGCCCCGACAUCACCAAGCACUACUUGCGUCUCACCUGCGCCCCCGACCCGUCCACCGUGCGCCCCGUGGCGGUUUUGAAGAAGUCGCUGUGCAUGGUCAAGUCCCACUGGAAGGAGAAGCAGGACUACGCCUUUGCCUGCGAGCAGAUGAAGUCCAUCCGGCAGGACCUGACGGUGCAAGGUGUGCGCACCGAGUUCACGGUGGAGGUGUACGAGACCCACGCCCGCAUCGCCUUAGAGAAGGGUGACCACGAAGAGUUCAACCAGUGCCAGACGCAGCUCAAGUCACUGUAUGCUGAGAACCUGCCAGGCAACGUGGGCGAGUUCACUGCCUACCGGAUCCUCUACUACAUCUUCACCAAGAACUCAGGAGACAUCACCACGGAGCUGGCGUACCUGACGCGGGAGCUGAAGGCGGACCCUUGUGUGGCCCAUGCCUUGGCGCUCAGGGCAGCCUGGGCUCUGGGCAACUACCACCGCUUCUUCCGGCUCUACUCGCACGCGCCCUGUAUGUCUGGCUACCUCGUGGACAAGUUUGCAGACCGGGAGCGCAAGGCCGCCCUCAAGGCGAUGAUCAAAACGUAUGUGACGCUGAGCUCUCCCCCUGGCCCUCUGCUCUGCGGCCUCACCGCCGCCCGCCGCCCCCCUCCGUUCCCCGCUCCCCUCUGCACCUCCACCUCCGGGUGCCAGGCCUCCGGCUCCCCGGGCCUCCCUGCGUCAGGUCCUGGUCUUCUCUCCCCUUCUCUCUUUUCCGCACUCGGCCCUCCCCUCUGGUCCCUCCACUUUGCAGCGCACGGCGGGCCCUCCUCCGUCGUCCUCUCUCACUGCUCCGGGGUCCCCUGCCCCUUUGCCUCUCUUUGCCUUUUGCUCGUAUCACUCUGGACCCCACUUUGUCUCCUCCGGGCUCCGGGCUCCCCUGCCUCCAAGGCCCCUGCCCACCUUCGGCGCUCCUGUGGCUGGGCUCCCGCUCUGUGGGGACGCCCAGCAGAGGCGGCCCCGCCCUUGGCAGCCGCGGUCUCAGAGACGAGGCCCCGCUCCCACCCGAGCUGUUUUGAGAGCCCGGGCGCGCUCAGGGAGCAGGCGUGAGGCAGGGCAAGCUAGGCCGGGACGGGACCCUGUGCCCACGUUCCCAGUCAGGCGGGAGCUGCCCCCAGGCCACGGCAGGACACCUCUCCCGUUGUUACAGCCAGGGCUCCUCCUGGCCUCUGCAGCAGGGUGGAGGCCGGGGGAGCUGCGCCGCGUCCUGCGGUGCACGGGGCGCCCCCCCGCUGGCUCCCCUGGCCGCAGUGUCGGUCUUGCUGAGGCUGGGAAGCCCUGCUCAGAGGACGCGGGGCCUCGAGUGCCACGUCCGUUCGGUGGGAGCCGUGGGGAUGGCUUGCAGCUGGGGAGGGACACUUAACCUAGGAGACUCCUAGGAUCCAGUUUGGGUCAAGCCGAUUUAAGGGCGAGGUGCGGGCAGGGGCCCUGGGGAGAGAGAGGAGGGAGUGGGGCAGACACAGAGGAGGCAGGGCCGCGGGACCCGCUUUCUAAGCCAGGAGGGAGGAGGAGGCCGGUUACCUGCAGGACCCUGGGCUGCCCCGGUGUGUCCUCCGUGCGCUUCGGUGCCGCCCCCGGGCCGUGGCCGGGCGGGCCUCCCGUUGCUGCCUCAGCUCGCGUGUGCUUGGCCUGUCGUUGGCCUCCCGGUCUUGUGUCCCCCUGCUCCGGAGGGUGGCGCGGCUUCUCUCCGGCUCGCUGGCCCGGGCCAGCCCCGUGUUGGGGGACAGCAGGCUCCUGAGCCCCGCCCCCCACGGACUUGCAGGGCUGUGAAGAAGUGGGGGCUUCAGGCAGGACGGGUUUGAGCGUUUUCUGCCACUUACUUACUUCCUAGGUGACAGCGGCCAGGUGGCUCUGCCACUGCGCUGUCCUCGGUGUGUGUCUGUACAGGGUAGGGUGACAGUUCUGGGAGGGAGCUCAGCGAGCUCACGGGGCACGUAUAAGAGCCGUUUCCUGGCACAGGCCAAGCCUCCUCUUAGCACUCGGACCCAGGUCAGGGCAAGCGGGGGGGCGGGUCCCCGAGUAGCCGCGCCCGGCCCCUGCCCCGGGCCACAUGGGCCCUCUCCUGAGGGGCUGCCCAGGCCCCGGCCAGCAGAGGAGCCAGCCGGGCCCUUCCCUCCCGUCCCCUCUCCUCCCGCCCCCCGCACAGGUAAGUGAGGGGGAGGGGGGGCGCAGCCGGGGUUUGGGGCCCCCCCACCCCGGGCCCCCCCGAGCCCCUGAGGGGGGAGGCCGGGGCUGGGGAGGGGCCGGCAGGUGACGCGCUGAGGAAACCUGCGGGUGCCCGACGGGGGCGCCCACUCCCUGCUCGUGGGGCCCUCCCGCACCCACCUCAUCGUGCUCUCCUCUUGUCUCCGUAGCUUCCGCCCUGCGCUGCCAGUCUCCUACCUGCAGGCCGAGCUGGCCUUCGAGGGCGAGGCCGCCUGCCGGGCCUUCCUGGAGCCCCUGGGCCUG